AUGCAGAACCUCCGGUCUCCUGUUAAUUCUGCAGCCGACGAGCCAUCGGCCAAACGCCCGAAACGCCCGCGCGCCGCACAAGCUUGCGACCGAUGUCGGCUGAAGAAGUAUAAGUGCGACGAGCAAUACCCAUGCCUGCAUUGUAAAAAAAAUGAUUUGGCUUGCGUGUAUCAGGGAAAUUAUCGAGAACGUGAAAGCAGCCGGUCUGCAAACUAUGUCACCGACCUCGAGAGAAAGGUCGAAGAAUUGACCUCCAGGCUUCGCGCUUCGGAAUCAGUAACAGGCACAUCUCCACAUGUUGUUCCAGCAGCAGCAGCUGAAACAACACCAUGCUCUAUGCCCAAUGCUUCCACACCAAAGGAGAUUAUCAAGCUGUCUGAGACACGUGCCGAAUCAGCAGAAAGCGCCGAGAACGAGAUUAAUGAGUUCAAUCAUCACACAAAUGGUGUUGAAUUCCAUGGAAGUACUUCAUCUGCUGCACUUAUCGGCCAUUUGAAAAAAGCCCGCGAACCCAAAGGCCAGGAAGAGCUCCAGGCUCGUCCAGCAGAUUACUCACUUAUCUCUACACUCCAUAAUCCGAGCUUUUCGCCGUCAUAUACCGCCGGACCGGGUCAGAUGCUUUCAAUCGAACAGCAAAACUAUUACUUCGACCAAGCGCAUAUCUUCAUGAACGGAUAUUUCGAGAAUAUCCAUUUCAUCCAUCCGUUCAUUGACAAAGAGGAUUUCCUGGUGCGCGCCAACGACCUCUGGUUUAACCGGUCACGCACACCAGAGCCAAGUUUCGUCGCGCUGUAUCUGAGUAUCUUGUCCGUUGGAUCUUUGGUACGCGUGUGGGACGAAGGAACAUUGGCUGGGCUAGGUCGCUUUGAAUGGAGCCGAAAGCUUUUUGCUGAAGCGCAGGUUUAUCUAAACCAUUUGAAGUUUUCCAAUGACCUUGAAACAGUGCAAUGUCUCUAUGUCAUGGCCAAAGUUUGUCAAAAUGAACUUAACCCUAAUUUGUCCUAUAUGUACCUUGGCUUAGCAGUGCGCACGUGCCUUUCUGCUGGCUUUAACCGAGAGGUUCCCUCCCCGGGGGAGAAUGGGCAGCGCGCGGGCUGGAUUUCAAAGACCUGGUGGGGUUUGUUCUCCUUGGAAAUUGAGAUGAGUUUCUCGGUUGGACGGCCAGAUACUCUCGGAAUGGAUGAAUACCAUAACAGGAGGAUUCCACCACGCGACGAUUCCGAAUUUGCCAUCAUCCCGUGGAUGAUUGACUUUGCUCAGAUCAUCCGACGAGUAUCCGUCCAGAUUUAUCAUUCUCGCAUCUCAUUACAGGAAAAGUUGCAGCUUGCUUUGCAGAUCGAGAUGGAGAUGGACCGUUGGUUAGCCAGGUUGCCAGAGAAAAUCAAGCCUGACAUCGGUGGCUACAGGCUGUCCCGCAGUGCCUUGCGUGAUCCAAAAUGGGCGAGGAGACAACGGCUUGUAUUAGGAAUUCGAUACUAUAAUGUCAAGAUGCUGCUCUUCCGGCCUUUCUUGAGCCACUUUACACGCAAGCUGCGACACCCUCCAACUGAAUUGGAUGAGACCAUCGACAAGUGUUUGGACUCGGCUAUGAAGACUCUUCAAGUCGUGCAUGAUAUCUACCGGGUUCACACUUUCUUCCGCUGCUGGUGGUACAACACAACAUACGUAAUGUUCGCUACAUCCACGCUCCUUCUUCCAAUGUCUAAGCUAGGCAUGUGUCCUGAAACAAUGCCCCUACUACGGUCAGUAGAGAUGGGCGUGGAAAUCCUGGAAGCCAUGGAUGAGUCCGUGGUAGCCCGAAAAUCAGUUGAAAUCAUCCGGCAGUACCUCAGGGAUUUCCGCGCCACUGGCGCUCAGCAGACGCGUGGGGAAGAAGAAACACCAACUGUAGAGACAGCACCCGGACAAGGAUUCGAAGUACCGGAAUGGGCCUACGGCUUUGGCUUCCCAGAUUACUCUUUCGACGGAAUUGCUCGACUCUUCGACGAUGUUGGUGGGCUUCCAAUGUUGGAUGAGUAG